AUGACCUCCAGCUGCAUCGUCUUCUGUGAGAACGUCCAGGAGUGCACGUACGAGGACUCCUGCAUUUCUCUGAGUGAACAAGGUGGAAAGACCAUCCGUCAGUGCAUCAGAUACACAGACUGUGAUAACUCUCGCCUCACCCAGAUGUUCCCGGCCAUCUCCGGCUUCACUUACCGCUGCUGCAGCAGCAACCUGUGCAACUCCAGCCAUGCCGUUACCAUGGCGACGCCCCUCCUGGCGCUGCUGGGGUCGCUGCUGAGCAGCUGGUGCUGUUGGACCUGA